CCCUCGUCCUUUCUUCUCCCUCUCCCUCUCCAUCUGCUCGUUGUCGACCCACUCGAGGACGGUCUGCAGAGGUUGGAAACGAAGGUAAAUGGAGUUUGUUCCUGCUCCUGCCGUGCACCGCGUUCUCUGCGCGGACUGUGGUACACCCAUUGUCCCCAACUCGGCGAAUCUCUGCGUCGCAUGUCUCAGGAAUACUGUUGAUAUCACGGAGGGUAUUCCGAAGCAAGCGUCAGUCUCCUACUGCCGGAAUUGCGAACGCUUCCUAUCACCACCGUCGACAUGGACGAUUGCACGUCCCGAGUCGCAAGAGCUCCUCGCUAUAUGUUUACGCAAGCUCAAGGGUCUGAAUAAAGUCAGGCUCACCGAAGCCCACUUCAUUUGGACAGAACCGCAUUCCAAGCGGCUACGAGUGUCGCUCACGAUCCAGAAGGAGGUGCUCACUUCCACCAUCCUCGAGCAGAUAUUCGAGAUCGAAUACCUCGUACAGCACGGCCAGUGUUCCGACUGCACGAAACUUGCCGCGAAGAAUACGUGGAGAGCUCUCGUUCAAGUGCGUCAGAAGGUCCCCCACAAGCGGACCUUUCUGUUCCUCGAGCAGCUCAUUCUGAAGCACGGCGCACAGAAGGACACCGUCUCUGUGAAGGAAGUCCGAGAUGGGCUGGACUUUUUCUACAGUUCGCGGAGUCAUGCUCUCAAGAUGGUGGAAUUCUUGCAGAGUGUAGUGCCGACACGAUCAAAAGCAUCUGAACAGCUACUUUCAGCAGAUACCCAUACUAACACGGCUAACUUCAAGUAUACAUACUCUGUUGAGAUUAUUCCCAUCUGCAAAGACGAUCUCGUCUGCAUACCCCCCAAGCUCGCCCGUCAGCUGAGCAACAUCAAUCCCCUCACCAUGUGUUCACGCGUCGGCAACUCCAUUCACCUCCUUGACCCUGCCACUCUAAAAUUCACUGAAUUGACAGCACCAGUUUACUGGCGCACACCGUUUGACGUCCUAGCGACCGUGUCCGACCUCGUCGAGUUCACUGUGCUUGACGUCGAGCCUUCCGGCACGACACGCGGCAAAUGGGUGCUUGCGGACGCGCAGGUCGCGCUGUCGGGCGCCUUCCGCUCCUCGCAUGAUGACGACGCGAUGGACUACGAGAUUAGUGAGGCGUCGAACCAGAUCUUCCACACGCGUACCCACCUCGGUGGUAUCCUGCAGCCGGGAGACGCCGCGCUCGGGUAUUACCUGACGAACACAAACUUCAACUCGGACGACUUUGCCGCGUUGCCCGCUCACCGCGUGCCGGACGUCGUGCUCGUGAAGAAGGCGUACCCCCACCGCCGAAAGAAGAACAAGACCCGCGCGUGGAAACUUCGCAGCAUGGCCACGGAAGCUGGCGAAGAGGGCGAUGCUGUCUCCGGCCGUGGUGUCGUCGGACGCAUGGGCGGCCGCGACGUGAAGAAGGUCGAGGAAGACUAUGAGCUGUUCCUCAGAGAGCUUGAGGAAGAUGAGGAGAUGCGUGGCGCGGUGAAUUUGUAUAAAGCUAAGUUGAAUCAGCCGGGCGCGGGCUCAGGCCUGGCGGGCGGAAAGACGAGAAGGAAGCCACAGCAAGUGAUAGACAUGGACGACGCCAUGGGAGAAGAUGCAGCUGAUGUGCCUGAACCACCGCCGGAAACAGAUGAUGAGGACGAGCCCGAUUUCCCGGAGGUCAAGCUGGACGAGUUGCUGGACGAUCUUGACGAAAUGACUCUGGAGGAUGCGUAGAUUGUUGUUCUGCAAUUGUGCUAUAUCCCAGAUUGGUUUACUGUUCAAUUACUACGUCGGUUGCUACAUUCCAAAUGAGCAUGGAGUUGUCCGCG